AUGCAGACAGUGCACCCAAAAGUGUUGUAUCGUCGCAUCACUAAUACUAGUGAUGCUUAUCUGUUUAUCGCCCGUGUGAAUGCCAUUUUUCAGCUCAGCGCCGAUUCGCUAUCAAUCUUGAAUGAGCGAAUCAUCGGUCCAAAAAAUUUUUCAAUUUUCUGCUACUCUUCGGAGGGUCCCUGUGCACCAUGCAAUCGAUUUAUUGAUCGUCCAUUGCCUCCUGGCUACAGCUCCGAAAACUGCGGUCCCCGCAUGACCGACACAUUCGUUAAGUCUUGGGCAACGUCAAAUCAUAACUACUCCGAACUAGACUUCUCUGACUCGCAUUUCGAUAGACGGCUUCAACUUUCCAAUAUUUCGGUCGCAAAACCGUGGACUAAACGAUCAUCAGCGACCCAGUUUUCCUCUAAGCCACUUUCCUCAAUUCGUAUUCCAGUCGUCAAUUGGAAUGCCUCCCUGACCUCCACUAUCACUGUUGACGAGGACUUUGUCUAUGUCGGAUUGGAGCAAGAUCAAUCUCAAGACACGACCUCGCUUGUUUUAGAACCGAUGUCAGUGAGGAUGCGUGACUUUGACCUUGCCAGCAAGCGACCAAGCUCCGAGAGUUUGUUAAGAUUCCAAGACUCUGAUAUCAGGAUCAAGUACAAAUUUUCGUUUCAGUACACACUCGAAGAAUCCCGUCUAAAUUCACGCAAAUACACUUACUCCCACUUGGUUAAACAUAUUUACUUUGUGAUGCAGGAAUUUCGCGUAACCGAACCAUGGAUGAUGCAAACGAGAAUCGCUCGGGUUUGCUCGGGUGAUAUAUAUUUACAGUCCUAUUCUGAAUUGGAGCUUUACUGUGAAGAAUGUUUCCUGAAUGGACGAGGUCACGAACAGAUGAGAUUUGGUGCCCUUCAUAUGGCCGCAAGAGGAACAGUGGGUGCUGAAAUUGCAAGGACGCGUUUCAGCAGACUGAACGGUUCCAAGAUGGUCCCCAAGUGGCGCCAGCCUCUUCAAAUGUCGGAGGACUUCAACAACGUCUUGCUAGUAGCCUUCGCUCCUCACUUAGCUGACCCCUUCCACUACGAUCACUUGGGCAAUUCGAACCCCUUUUACGAGCCAAAGGUGGUUUCAGAGGCGAGAAACCUAGUUAUCCGAGGAACAGCCAUCGUCUUUUACACAUUAGCCGAAAUCGACGUGUGGUUCGGUGUGGUGAUACAAAACUGUCUGACGGGCAAGACGUCCAUUGGUCCCGCUCACUUCCUCUCGAGCGAUCCACAGAAAUGCAUGCGAGACGAUCCCCUUUUAGCCCAACUCAAGCGCAAUUACUACUGCCCCUCGAACCCAACAAACUGGCCCAUAAGUGGAUCGCUUCAGUCGGAGCGCCUGUCUGCGCUUCCUGCGUUGAUUUUGGACGCCGACGCCACCGGCAUCGCCAUCACCAAGGUGGCCGACGAAUUCACGGUGCUUGUGGUCGCCACGGAUGAGGGCGAGUUGUCGAAGUACGUCAUUGAGCAAAGUGGAUUGGCUCGACUCAUCUCCUCAAAACAACUGACUUCUCGACGGAGGCCUCUUCGCGGUCUCACACUGGACGAAACUGGGCUUGUGGCGUUUGCAAUAUCUGAUGAGAAGGUCUACCGCGUCGCGCUUCAUAACUGUUCAUCAGCCCAGAGUUGCGGCGCCUGCCUGGCCCAGCGCGACCCCUACUGCGGCUGGUGCGUUUCACGGGGCCUCUGCACCCACAGAGAGGCCUGCGAGCCCGUCGGUCAAGCACCCUGGCUCUCCUACCAAACGGAAGCUGCCACAUGUCCUGUGAUCAGCGUCGUGGAUCCGCCCGGGGUGGAGUCGCUCGCACCCCGCGCGAUCGCCAUCACCUUGCAGCUGAGCCCCCUCCUCGCCAAGUCGCUUGUCUCGCCACCUCCCACCACCACCGACAGGCAAGCCCCGCAGCGCCGUCUUUUCUGCUCCUUCCGGCUUUUCCACCCAGACGCCGUGAGGCAAACACCGACUGACCUCCGGUGGAUGGUCCGUGGGCCGGAAUAUGGGAAAACCAGGGCUCAUCAAAUUCCUGGGUCGGCUGAGGCCACCUGCAACUCCCCCGAACCCACUAACCUUCCAGCGAUAGAUGGUAGUAAACAUCCGAAACAGACCCUAGUGUGGCUGGAACUAGUAGAAACGUCGUCAGGUGCUGCGGAGGAAACCACCUAUCCCCUGGCGGUUGGGACCUUUGCCAUCUACGAGUGCAGGCGUUUUCCCGACUGCCAGACCUGCGCGAACACCAGCGGGUUCGCGUGUGCGUGGUGCGUGGCCGAGAGCCGCUGUGUGCCCGCGGGGUCGCGCGCCCCGCCCGCAGUCGCCUGCGGCGCCUCCACGGGGUGCGCCCUCAUCCAGGCUGGGUCGAACUGUACUUGUCCUGCUUUCACUGUGGAACCCGUCACAACCACUGUGGAGGCAAUGAAGUCAUCGACCGUAACAGCACGCAUCCUCAACAUGCAGACUGGCGCCAGUCGCUUCUCCUGCUCUGACCGCUGCACCGGCCGACGGACCGAGGGUGCCUACAAUCGAACCGCCUCCACUGUUACCUGCAGUUUUGAGGGGGUACCCAUUUGGGAUGUGACGAGUGGUAGGGAUGAAGGCGAAAUCUCCGUGGACCCUAAAGUUUGGCAUCCAAAUUUGACGAAUUUGGCAACGCAAGGAGUUGCCAAGUGCGAAAUUAUGAUCAAUUGGCACAACGACCAAUUACCAAAUCAACCAGAGCAAGGUCAUCCCCUGACCAAUCUCCAUGCUGCUUCGCGUAAGACAAAUUUCCUAUCAUACUUACGUUAUGGUUCCUUUGGAUUCCUUAAUUCCAAAGCCUCAAAAGAGGCACGCAAGGUGAUUCUCCCCUCCAUUAGGCGAAAUUGCAAGUCGUUUUAG